CAUAAAUGGGCACUAUGUCUAAUUGUUGUGAUUUUUGCCAGCAAUUUGAUUAUGUCGUCAGAUGCUAACAGCAUUGACAAUGCUUCAAACAAUGUGAAUACCACACAUAGUCGUCAGCGUCGUUCGAGCGCCACCACCACGACCAAUUGUAUGCCGGAUGCACGCUUCUAUCGAAAUCCGAAGCGAGCAGUGCAUAAGAUAUGGACAAACAGCGAAUGUGCCAAGUAUUUCCUAUGCCUGGACAAUGAAGUGUUUGAGUUCAAGUGCUCGGAGGGACUGCUCUUCGAUGUGGUGCGUCAAAUCUGCGACUUCAAGGCAAAUGUGGACAACUGUGACAUCACGGCUGAAACGCCGGCACCCAAGCCGCUACUAGAAAUGGCCGACUGUGCGGACGAUUCACAGCUAGGCUGUGCCGAUGGUACCUGCCUGCCGCAGGAGUAUUUCUGCGAUGGCUCCGUGGACUGCCCCGAUGGCUCCGAUGAGGGCUGGUGCGAUGUGGAGCAUGAUCCAAAUGCAGCAGGCGCCUGUGAUCCACGCAAGUGUCAAUUGCCGCAUUGUUUUUGCUCUAAGGAUGGCACCCAGAUUCCUGGUAAUCUGCAAGCGCAGACUGUGCCGCAGAUGAUACUGUUGACUUUUGAUGAUGCAAUCAACCAGGACAAUUGGGAGCUGUUCUCCAAGGUGCUGCUCACCCCAAAUAGACGCAAUCCCAAUGGUUGUCCCAUUCGAAGCAGCUUCUAUGUAUCGCAUCCAUUUACCAACUAUCAGCACGUGCAGAAGCUCUGGAACGAUGGCCACGAGAUUGCCGUACACUCCGUUACCCAUCGCGGUCCCGAGCUUUGGUGGUCAAGAAAUGCCACCAUAGAAGAUUGGUUUGAUGAGAUGGUAGGUCAGGCGAACAUAAUCAACAAGUUUGCCGGCGUGCGCAUGGAGGAGAUACGCGGCAUGCGCGUGCCCUUUCUACGUGUGGGCUGGAAUCGUCAGUUUCUCAUGAUGAAGGAGUUUGGGUUUGUGUAUGAUGCCAGCAUGGUAGCUCCGCACUCGAAUCCACCACUCUGGCCAUAUACGCUAGACUUUAAAAUGCCACACAGCUGCUUGGGUGCCAAUCAGCAUUGUCCGACGCGUAGUUAUCCUGGUAUCUGGGAACUGGUCAUGAAUCAGCUGGAGGCGGGUGAGGGCGAGUAUACAUGCAAUAUGGUUGAUAGCUGUCCACCGCAUCUAAGUGGCGAGGACGUCUAUCGCAUGCUUACUUAUAACUUCAAGCGGCAUUAUCUAAGCAAUCGUGCUCCUUAUGGACUCUACUUUCAUUCCACCUGGUUCAAGAAAAUAGACUAUUUGAAUGCCUUCCUGAAAUUUAUGGAUGAUCUGCAGAAACUGCCGGACGUGUACUUUGUAACUAAUCAGCAAGCCAUACAGUGGAUGCGCCAGCCGACGCCCAGCAACCGUCUGCAUAAGUUCGAGCCGUGGCAGUGUCAGCCGAAGCAGCUGGAACCGCAUGAGCAGGUGUGCCAGCUUCCCAAUGUCUGUAAGCUGCGUAGUCGUGUGCUGCAAGAGGAUCGUUACUUCUACACGUGCAUGGAGUGCCCGGCUCAGUACCCCUGGAUACGCAACGAAUUUGGCCUAGAAUAGCCUCAUGUUUAGUUUAAGAUUUUAUAUUUAUAUGAAACAUAUUUUGCAUUAAUUUUAGUUCGUAA